CUUCGCUGAAUAUCUAACAUUAAAACCAGAGAAGAAAAACACCGACUCAAAACACACCAGUUUUAUUUCGCUAUGUUAGGGACCUACAUAUAUGGAAAUAUUAUACAUAUAAUUUGAUCCGGUGCGUUGUUUCUGGUAGUUUAGGCUCUUCAGAGAGGUUAUAAUGCUGCUGGCUCAGAUAAAUCAGUCAGCAGAUUUCCAGCAUGAGGGAGAUGCUCAGGAGGUCACUCUCUGCUUAACUGAGACUGUGGGGAUUGCAGAUGGCGAUCAGAGCAUGGACACAGUCAGUCUGCAGGCUGUGACUUUAGCGGAUGGCUCCACUGCAUAUAUACCUCACAACACUCAAGAAAGCAAUAUAGUAGAAGGACAGGUGAUCCAGUUAGAAGAUGGGUCUUCUGCUUAUGUGCAACACAUCGAUGUUCCAAAAGCAGAUGAGUCAAAUAACUGGACGGGCUCAUCUGUGUGUGAUGUUGUUGGUAAUGAGAGCUUAAGACUGGAGGAUGCUCAGACAGUGCAGUUGGAGGAUGGAACUACUGCUUACAUCCACCACACUGGGAAAGCAGAUACAUAUGAACCCAGUACCCUGCAGGCGGUGCAGUUAGAGGACGGCUCUACCGCUUACAUUCAUCAUGCUGUUCAGAUGUCACAACCAAACACCAUUCUAGCCAUCCAGACGAAUAGCACAGUAGCAGAUUUGCACACCGAUGCGACUAUUGACCAAGAAACAAUCAAUGCUUUGGAGCAGUACACAACCAAGAUCGAAGAAAUGGACUCCUACACAAACUCUGAGCUGAUCACCAGUGAUCCUCACAGUGUUGUGGAGAUGCAGAUCGUUCUUCAGGGUCAAGGAAUUCGGCGUAAUGCGCAGCAGCCGGGAGAGAAGUGUUUUCGGUGUAAUUAUGACGGAUGUGGAAAGCUUUACACCACUGCAAAUCAUCUUAAGGUACAUGAAAGAGCACAUACAGGUGACAAGCCGUACUGUUGUGAUCUACCAGGCUGUGGAAAAAGGUUUGCAACAGGUUACGGUUUAAAAAGUCACAUCAGGACGCACACUGGAGAAAAACCAUACCGCUGUCAGGAGAUGGACUGUAAGAAAUCUUUCAAGACCUCAGGGGACCUUCAAAAGCACACCAGAAUCCACACAGGAGAGAAACCAUUUCUAUGUCCAUUCCCGGGCUGUGGGCGGUCCUUUACUACCUCAAACAUCUGUAAGGUGCACGUUCGCACGCACACAGGAGAGAAACCGUAUCACUGUCCAGAGCCAGGAUGCAAUCGGGCAUUUGCCAGCGCAACCAAUUACAAGAACCACAUACGGAUCCAUACAGGAGAGAGGCCGUAUGUUUGCACAGUUCCUGGUUGUGACAAGCGAUUCACAGAGUACUCGAGUCUAUACAAACAUAAUGUAGUGCACACUCCCUGCAAACCCUACAAGUGCAACCACUGUGGAAAGGCGUACAAGCAGAUUUCCACACUGGUCAUGCACAAACGUACAGCGCACAAUGACUCUGAGCCUAUAGAAGAGGAGUCGGAGGGCUACUUUGAGCCCCCUUCAGAGGCUAUAGAUGACCCCUCCCUGACUGUUAGCCCUGUGAAGUGUGAAGACUCUUGUCCAGAGAUGGAUCCGGAGAUCUCUGAUGUCACAGAACAACAUGUAACGUUUAUCACACAAGAUGGAGCAUCACAGGCUAUUGGGAAUGUAAUCACGAUGGUAACACAAGAUGGCAGUGUGAUCACCAUCCCACCCACUGAGUCUUUGCUGUCAUCAGCGGAGGCUCAUUCAGUGACUGUGCUCUCAGAGGACGGGACUGAAGGACAGGUGAGUAAAUUUGGGAACCAAACAAGUAUAUUUAUGUGUGUGGUUUUUAUUUCCAGCAAAUACAUCAAACUUUCUCUUCUUAAUUAUCACAUAACUAUAUUGUGUGGGUUUAAAAACGCUGUAGUGAUGACGUAUGUUUGUAGUUUGGUUCCCUGGACAAAAAACCAAUAGGAUUUUACCACUGGCCUUUGGAUUAUUGCAGAAAAUAAGCUCUGUGACCAACAAAAGUUUAUGAUUCUUACACAUUUUGUUCAUCAUGAUAAUCUUCACUAAUGAAUGCAUCAGAAGUCUAAUGCAAUCGCAAAAAGUAAAAAGCUAAACAUAGGCUAUGAAUAAACUUCACGACUUCAACGUCACCAUCAUUAAUUUUCUGACAGUUCUUUCUGCCAUUAUUUAAAAAAGCAAUAAAAUAUAAAGCAAUUUGAUAGCAACUGCAUUUUUCAAGUCAAGUAAAAGCUUUAAAAAAAAACAAUCAAAAGAGGGUGUAACUGAUGUAUUUUUAUGUCAUAGAAUAAAACCUGAAAAUAUCUUUAUUAACCACAUAUUAAUAACGUUACAGCUAUUAACAACUUUAUUUCAUGCAUUUAACCAAAAACCCAUUCAAAAUAUCCAUCGACUUCAGGACGAUGGAACUGGAAGUUUUAAAAUGCUAACACAUUUCUGGGUUUUGGCCUACAAAAAAAAAAAAAAAACACAUGUCUACAGCAGUCUAUAAAGUGGUCACA